CACAAGGCAGUUAGACCAAUCACUGUGAUCGUUAUUGAUAGGUCCUGGAUUUCCUUGGACGUUGCCGUCAACAUGUCUUCAACGGAGACAAAUAAUGGCCCAAGCCAGGCGGCACCUUAUGCAGCUGUCCCCCCUGCAGCCAUACCGCCUCCAUAUAUGGGACCACCAGGAAUACCACCUCACUUCCCACCCAUGGGAAUACCCCCUAUGGGUCAGCGACCUCCUAGCAUGACUCCAAUGCCACCUGGAAUAAUGCCACCAGGCAUAAUGCCGCCAAUGGGGCAGAUGAUACCGCCCAUGAUCCCGGGAAUGAUGCUGCCUCCUCGGAUUCCAGCUGUGACCGUACAGCCGACGGGACCCCCUGGUGUUGACACCACAGUCCCUGCAGCAGCUGCACCUGGAACAACUAAUGCAACAAAUGGAUCCCCUCCAGAAGAACAGCCAAAGAAGAAAUCUGUGUGGACAGAACACAAAUCUUUAGACGGGAAAACAUAUUAUUACAAUACAGAAACCAAACAGUCCACAUGGGAGAAACCGGAUGAACUGAAAUCUCCUGCAGAGCAAAUGCUGUCUAAAUGCCCCUGGAAGGAGUACAAGUCUGACACAGGGAAGCCUUAUUAUUACAACUCUCAGACAAAGGAGUCCAGAUGGACCAAACCCAAGGAGCUGGAGGAUCUGGAGGCUAUGAUCAAAGCAGAGGAGAGUGGAACAACAGAGACUGCGGCUCCUGGAACGACUGCCGCUCCUACAGUGCAGGCUGAUAAAAAUACAGCCGCCAUGGUGACCGUAAAGGAGGUGGAAACUGCAGCGGCGGUCCCAGAGGAGCAGCAGUCCCAGGUGACCUCACAUCAAACAGCUGAGGUCAAAGCUGUGGAGGCACCUGUGACUUCCUCAGAGAGCGCUGUCAUUGCAGAGAGCAAACCCAGUGUCGAAGUCAAAGAAGAAGAACGACCUGAACUUCAGAAGAAAACCUACAAGUGGAACACAAAAGAAGAAGCCAAGCAGGCCUUCAAAGAGCUGCUGAAGGAGAAGGGUGUUUCCUCAAACUCCUCAUGGGAACAGGCCAUGAAGCUGAUUAUCAAUGAUCCUCGCUACAGCGCUCUUCCCAAACUGAGUGAGAAGAAGCAGGCGUUUAACGCCUACAAAGUCCAAACCGAGAAGGAGGAGAAGGAAGAGGCCAGGAUUAAAUACAAGGAGUCCAAAGAAAAGUUCCAGAGGUUCUUGGAGAAUCAUGAGAAGAUGACGUCUACCACCAGAUACAAGAAAGCAGAGCAAAUGUUUAAUGAGCUGGAAGUGUGGAGCUGUGUUCCUGAGAGAGACAGACUGGAGAUCUACGAAGACGUGUUGUUCUACCUGGCAAAGAAAGAGAAGGAACAAGCCAAGCAGCUGAGGAAGAGGAACUGGGAAGCUCUGAAGAACAUUCUGGACAACAUGGCUAACGUGACAUAUCGCACCACCUGGUCCGAGGCCCAGCAGUAUCUGCUGGACAACCCCACGUUUGCCGAGGACGAAGAGCUGCAGAAUAUGGAUAAAGAGGACGCCCUCAUCUGUUUUGAGGAGCACAUACGAGCUCUGGAGAAGGAGGAGGAAGAAGACAAGCAGAAGACUCUCCUCAGGGAACGGAGACGGCAGCGCAAGAACAGAGAGUCCUUCCAGAAAUUUCUGGAUGAGCUCCACGAUCACGGCCAGCUUCACUCCAUGUCCUCCUGGAUGGAGAUGUACCCGACCCUGAGCUCUGACAUGCGCUUCAGCAGCAUGCUGGGCCAGCCUGGUUCCACUCCUUUGGACCUCUUCAAAUUCUACGUGGAAGACCUGAAAGCCCGUUACCACGAUGAGAAGCGAAUAAUUAAAGAUAUCCUCAAGGAUAAAGGCUUCCUGGUGGAAGUGAACACCAGCUUUGAUGACUUUGGAUCCGUUAUCAGCUCAGACAAGAGAGCCACUACUCUGGAUGCUGGGAACAUAAAGCUGGCCUUUAACAGUUUACUGGAGAAGGCUGAAGCCAGAGAGCGAGAGCGAGAGAAGGAGGAAGCCCGCAAGAUGAAGCGGAAAGAAGCAGCUUUCAAAACCAUGCUGAAGCAGGCCACACCGCCGCUGGAGCCAGAGGCCUCAUGGGAGGAAGUCAGAGAAAGAUUCCUGAAAGAAGCUGCCUUCGAAGACGUGACGCUGGAGUCGGAGAGGAAGAGGAUAUUCAAAGAUUUCAUGCAUGUCCUGGAGCAUGAAUGCCAGCAUCACCAUUCCAAGACAAAAAAGCAUUCAAAGAAGUCCAAGAAACACCACAGGAAGCGAUCACGCUCUCGAUCAGGAUCAGAGUCAGAGGAGGAGGAGUACCACAAGAAGAAGAAGCGGUCCCAGUCCAAAUCUCCCUCUGAGCGCUCUUCUAGUGGAGAAUCUGAGCGAAGCUAUAAAAAAUCCAAGAAGCACAAGAAGAAAGGCAAGAAGAGGCGCCACAAGUCUGCCUCACCGGACUCGGACGGCGAGAAGAAAGGAAGAGAGCGCGAGGGGAAACGAGAGCGAGAUUCAGAGAAGGAUAAAGAGAACGACAAGACUCGGGGGAAAUCUCGCUCAGAGUCUAAACAGAAAUCUCCUAAAAGGAAAGCAGCCAAAGAGGAGGGUGGCUGGGACACGUCAGGCAGUGAGCUGAGUGAAGGAGAGCUGGAGAAGAGAAGAAGAACUUUACUGGAACAGCUGGAUGCACCUUGAAACUGUUCAUGCCCCUGUUUUCUGCUUUUUGAACACUUCAGCAAACGCGCAUUCCCCCGCAGGCUCACCUGACUGUGCAGGCUGCCCCUCUGAAUGAGGAAAUGUGCUAUUAAUGGGAAUGCUCUACACUUUUAUUUUGUGACUAAUCUGAUUUCAGGAAUCUUGUCACCUGAUCAGUCUGUGACUUAUUAGCUCUGAAUAUCUUUUUUAGGGGGCUGUAGUUUGUUUUUUCAUUGACAGUCAUUUUUAUGAUUUCAUUUCAAUAAAGGCGUAUCUUGAAGCCA